UCGCGAUGAAAAACCGCUAAAACUCCUGCGCUCUAGGCCUGCAGUUCCGGCCGACGAUAAUGGUUGUUGUGCCAUGUUGAGUGCCCAGUGCGGAUGGCUGCUCAGUUGUCUAGUCAUCACACUGCUCCAGCAGAGGGCGCAGGCCACAGCAACAACUUCCUCCACUACUACACCGACGUCUUCAACGACACAUGAACAUCGCCAAACACAUCAACAGAACCACCCACAGAAGCAGCCACAGACGACGGAUAACCACACGAUGGAAACAGAAAGCGAUAGAGAAACAGGCGUGACGUGCUACACGUGUGUGAACGUAUCGGACAAUUUGGUGUGCAAUCGAUUUGCAAUCGACCGGCCCUGCCCACAAGGUGAGGAUUUCUGCCACACAUUGCAUAUCAUGGACUCCCGAAAAAAAAACAAGAAGUGUGCAGACCGAUCCGAAUGCUCGCCACAGCGCGUCGGUUGCCUCAGCAUCGACACACAGACGGUUUGUGUGUCAUGUUGUGACGAGAUGUACUGUAACAUGUCUGUGCCCAGCAACCAAAGCACGGCAGUAUAUACCGAUACGAGAACAAAAGCCAGACGUCGGGCGCAACAGCAUCACAAUAGCAGCAACAGCACCAACACUGCUAGCUGUGACCGACUUCCGCCAUCUUCAUCCCAGCCGCCUAUUCAUUUGCUCAUUGUCAUUUUGAUGAUGACUGCGAUUCUUGUGGGCAUAUAACCCGCCUUCACAACCCCCCCCCCC